UGACGUCAGCGUUCGGUACGUUUUACAGAAGUCCAAAAGAUGGCAGCAAACUCGGCAGGCGGUUCAUCGCUACAGCAUUGUCAUUUUUGGUGGCAUUGAUGGUUUUUCACGCAAAAUAAUGUAUCUUGGUACAGCAUCCAACAAUCUGGCAGCAACUACACUAUCUUUCUUCCAAAGGGCAGUUGAAAAGUUUGGUUUUCCUCUGAGGGUACGUGCUGAUCACGGGGGAGAAAACGUAGACGUUGCACAACUUAUGUUUACGGUCCGUGGCACUGGAAGAAGCAGCUUCAUUUCUGGAAAAAGUGUUCACAACCAAAGGAUUGAGCGGCUCUGGAGAGAUCUGUGGGUUGCUGUGACCAGCACAUACUACAACGUUCUCCACCACCUUGAAGAAGAGGGAUUCCUCAGCAUUGCCAGUGUUCAACACCUCUUCUGCUGCCACUAUGUAUUUUUACCACGUAUACAGGAGGACCUGGACACUUUCUGCAGUGGUUGGGAUAAUCAUCCUUUAAGAACAGAAAGUAACAUGACUCCUAACCAGCUGUGGGUACUGGGUCGUGCACGUCAUCCCAUUCCCGAACCAGAGAACAUGGAGGGCAUGGAGAUUCCACAUAUUGAGUGGGAGGAGAGUGGACUUCCUCAUCAGGACCAUUCAGACGUCGUUGUGCCAAACAUCAACUGCCCACUGACAGAUGAACAAAUGGCAGCUUUAAGAAGUGCAGUUGACCCAAGAGCUGAAUCAGACUCCUUUGGCUCUGAUGUUUACAUUGCAGCUGUUCAGUUUUGUGAACAUUUUUUUCCACAAUAAAGGAAAAAAAAUCUGUUAAGAGGCCAGUGGGA